UCAGGAAAGAGUGGCAUUCCUCUAUAUAAUAGAUACAUUGAGAAGUGCAACAGCUUCAGCAAAUCACAGAAUAGCGGCUAAAUGAAACACUGUAGGAGUUUGGGUAACCAAAAACUCUGUUGCUAAAUUCUUUUACAGGAAGUGCUGUGUUUUAUUUUUUGCAACAGCCUAUCAGGUAGAUCUUCAAACCUGCAUAUUGGUACAUAUUUUUUUAAGCCUUUAUCCACCGGUCAGAGGACUAACCUGAAGUUGGAGCUACACACCAAGAUGAUCAGAAUCGGGGUUGUUGUGGUAUUAUUCAGUACAAUAUAUGUGACACAAUGCAACAAUGUUCCGCGGCAUUUUCAAGUUCAGCGGGUUCAAAUUGGUGACCAAGUGAUUCUCAACUGUGUUUUCUCAAAGCAAGUAUACAAUGAGGGAAACGUGUUCUGGUUCAAGCAAGUAACAGGGCAAAUUCCUCAGGUUGUUGCAAAGAUUCAGAAAAAUCAGUCAAGGCCUGAAAUGCACAAGGAAUUUAGAAAUUCACAUCUUAGUAUGGAGAAGGCUGAAGCUGACGGGAUAUAUCGUCUUACAAUCCAAAAGAUGGAACCAACGGAUGCAGCUGUUUACUAUUGUGUCUAUAUCACAGACUGUGAAGUCAACUUUAUCAAUGGAACUUUUUUAGUAUUAAAAGGCAAGAAUCCCCAGAGGUCUGAUUACAAGACCGUGUUACAGAGGUCAGUUUCUGACCCAUUCCACCCUGGAGAAAAUGUGACUCUGCAGUGUACAGUGCUCUCUGAGGCCUGUACAGGAGAACACAGUGUGUACUGGUUCAGAAUUGGAUCAGGAGAAUCCCAUCCAGGAGUCAUUUACACCCCUGGGAACUGGAGAGAUGAGUGUCAGAAGAGCCCUGAGACUCCCUCUCCUACACAGAGCUGUGUCUACAGCCUCUCCAAGAACAACCUCAGCCCACCUGAUGCUGGGACUUACUACUGUGCUGUGGCCAUAUGUGGGGAGAUCCUUUUUGGCAAAGGAACAGAAUUGGACCUGGCCAGUAACACGGAAGUGAAUGUGUCAGAAAUGGCUCUGGUAGUGGUUGUUGUAGGUUUGACAGUGGCGUUGGUGUUGUGUGGGAUUGGGAUCAUGUUCCUUGUCUGCACCAGACGAAAAGAGCAAAUCUGUGAAAAUUGCAAAGCAGUGGGUGCCUCUCAGGUUGGCAGACAUGACAGAUUACAUGGAGAACAGGAUCAAGAUGGAGAUACGUUGAAUUAUGCUGCAUUGAAUUUCUCUGAGAAGAAAACUAAAAGAGGGAGAAAGAAGAGAGAGAUGCCACAGGAGAGAGUGUACUCUGAUGUCAGGUGUUAAGGCUAGGACGAACUUAGCUUAAUCAUUCUAAAAUGUAGUGUUAAUAAUACUUUUUGUCUUUUAAAUGUGUUAGUCAGUGCCCCUUGUACAAAGAGAAUUAGAAAAUAUGAGAAUUUGACAAAUGUAAUAAAUGUUUGAUAAAAAUCAUGAUCAAUCAGAACACAAAUUAACUAAUUGAAAGAAGAGCAAUAGUUUUUCUAAAAAGGGACAUGUUUCUCUAAAAAACAUAUUUUAGUAUUUUGUUUAUUAGUCCAGUGUUGAUACAGUCCCAAACAAUUGUGCAUGUCAGCGGUUAACAAAAUAGAGCACUUUCUGUAAACAUCUAAUAUUGUGUGAUGAUCUUGUGUUUUGAAUCAUAUGCACUUUAAAUCAUCGUCAUCAUCAUCACACUUUUAGCUUUGUACUGAAAGUGCUCUGGUGAUACAAGACAAACAUAUUGUGUUCUGCUGAAGCUCUUUUUUCAUUCUUGCUGUUUGGAUGAGAAAGUAAAUGGUUGUACAGCUAAGGGCCGGUGCUCUAGGGCUGUGUGGGUGGCUGUUUGAGUGAAACAGGUGUGGAGGAGAAGCAACCAGUGUAAUAGCACAGCCAUCUCAUUUAUUGACGCCUAAAGUUAAGAACAUAAAAAGAGCCUACCCAGAUGCAUAGGUUCUGCCUGGUCUUAUAAACUAGACUUAGGUCUUAUAAACCCUAACCCAUAGUCUACCUAACAUUAGCCAGCUAGCUAACAUUAGCGUUAGCCAACUAGCCACCUAGCUAAUGUUAGCCUCAACAAAUUUUUAUUUUGUAAAUUAUUGUAUGUUUGCAAAUUCAUAACAUAUCAUACAAAUUGUAACUCGUAACAUGUCAAUAAAAAUAGAUGAUGGACAUCGACAAAGUAAUUCAUACAAAAUUGAUUGGACUGAUGAUGGUAUCAAACCAAUUCCCUUUUCGCACUAUGAG